AAGCAUUAGCCAAAAGACCUUUUGCUGCUGUAUCUCUCAUUGGUUGUUGAUACUGUAUCCUAUUGUUUGGGAGCUCCAGUGACCUUUCUUCUGGGAAUAACUACGCUGUGCUACAGGCCAAUGGUUCAUCUAGUGAAAACUGAAAAGACAGCUUGGUUUUGCUUACAGCUGUUUUUAUAUGUUGAUUUAACUGUUUAACUUCAGAUUGGUUUCAUGGUAUGGAUGGAGGAGAUUGCUGAUGCUGUUUUUACCCAAUGUUCUAUCUGCAUUUUUUCAAGCAAAAUACCUCAUGUUCUCAAGGAAUUUUGUAGAAUUUGUCACAGUACCAUAACCUUGAGCAUUUUAAAAUUGCAAACAAUAGGAGCUCAUCCGUAUAUUUGCAAACAAUUGCAUUUUAAAAUUGCAACCUUAAGCAUUUAGUUUCAUGGUAUGGAUGGAGGAGAUUACUGAUGCUGUUUUUACCCAAUCUUUGAGCAUUUUAAAAUUGCAACCUUAAGCAUUUGGUUUCAUGGUAUGGAUGGAGGAGAUUGCUGAUGCUUUUUUGACCCAAUGUUCUAGCUGCUUUUUUCAAGCAAUUCUCAAGAAAUUUUGUAGAAUUUAUCACAGUACCAUAAUAUUAAGCAUUUUAAAAUUGCAAACAAUAGGAGCUCAUCCAUAUAUUUAGUAUCUAUUCUCUUUUUCUUUUCAGUAUUAACUGCAUGUCAUAGCAAUUGUUAAAAUUGAUAGCUUAAGAGUGCUAAGUGCAAAUUUAUGAUGGUUGAUGGGUGCAAAUUGUAAUUGACCUUUUUUCUUUCACCUACUUUCAAGUUUCACCCCCAUCUUCCUGCCCUCUACUCAUGCUUUUUUUUCCCUCUCACUCUUGGAGCACAUUCUAACCGCCAGUGAUCCCAUAAUUCCAUGGUAUAUUCUGCAAUGUACAUUUUUCAUUCAACUAUUUUUCCCUAAAUUUUGGAAUAUUUGAGGAAGGGUUAAAUGAAAUAACAGGGACUUACGUCCCAAAGGCAAUAUAGGAAGUUGAAGAGAAUCAAUUGCAAAUACAUAACAACCCCCUAGAAGAUCCAGUGGACGUGGUCAUCCCAGCUUGGCUGCCGAGUCACAUUCACCAGUGGAUCUCUUUGGUUCAGGGUUGCGGGCCGUGGUGGUAGUGACAGUGUGGGCCUCCCACCUCCUCCUUGCCCAUCCUCACCAAUUGCUCCAACAACGUCGUAAUAUUUUAAUUACUUAUGCCAUGUUCUACAUGCAUGCAUACAUGCUUUCCUUGUUUUUUUUAUUGUAAAAUUUUGAAAACAAUCCUGCUUUCUCUAGUCAUAGGGGCAAGCCUUGCUUAGAGGGUUUAGUUCUGCUCUAUUUUAAUAGUUGAAUGGGAAGUCGUAGUAUGAAAAAUUCAAUGCUUUAUGUAUAUAAUUGUAAAUGCAUGAAUUCUGGGGUGUAGAUGAGUUUAAUUAUGCCAUGCAUCCGUUUUAUACAGCUACGUGAGGCUAAGCGAGCUAUGUAUCAGCUAUAGGGUUCCAACUUGUAUUCAAAUUUGUCUUUUGAUUAUUUUUUUCAGUUGAGCUCAAACAGAGCUCAAGUAGCUAGAUUAAUGUAUACAGAAAUUUUAAUUUUUUGCUUAUAAACCCAGUUUUCUCUUCGACUUAAAAGCCUAACAAGGUCUAGAUCUUAUGCGGGGUUACUUUGAUUAGUUGAUGAACCAAUCUAGGAUGAGCUUGAUAGUGGAAGAUUAAGUUGGUUCAUCUUUCACUCUACACUAUACUAUAUUUGAUAUUUCGGAAUUGUUUACUACACCAUACUAUGAUCUUAUUACAGUUCUAUGGACAAAAUUGCAUACAUACUUGUAUAUAUAGGAACAAAAUUAUUCCAUAGUAAUCCUAGUUAGUUUCAUGUUCUAUUUAAAGUUUGCUUUUCAUAAAUCUUGAUGCUGGAUAAGUAUGUUUGUAAGUUAUAAUCACUUCAGAUAGUCAGCCAUGGAUGUUUCUGUAUUUUUCUAUUGGUGAAGUUUUGAAACUUUUUUCACGAGGGAAUGGGUAAGAUUUGAUCCCUGCCAGAUUUUAAUUCCAAAUCCUGAUCCAUAAAGAAUCAUAAAGGGGAAGAAUGGCUUAUUAGUAUGGUAUGCAACAUGAUGUAUUAGCACGCUUUUCUUCUCUUUUUCCUUUAUAGCUAUUUAUGGUUGAGUUAUUUUUCUUUGACUUGAUUUACAUUGACUGCUAGAAGAGGGGUAGAUGGGUUAGGAUGGAGUAUGUUUUUGAGCUGUCUAUGCAUCAUCAUGAAUGAUUCAUGUACUUUAUUGGAUGUUUGAGCAAUUAUAUAAUAUCAGUAACUUGCAUUAGCUUUGUUAGUUAUAAAAAGACUACUGAACAAGGUGGGAAAUUUUGGGGGACUGGAGCAGCUAUCAGUUCUCAUUCUGCCAUUGUGCCAAAAUAAAAAAAAACGGUUCUACAUCUGGAUUUUCAGGUAUUGCUAGCAUUGUUUGUCAGCUUAUCUGCCUAUGUUACACAGUUUAAAGUUCAAGUGAGUUCUGUUUUCUCUCUUAUUAUAUUAUUCCCUAGAGGUGGUUUUAGGAGUAUUUUCUCUCUCUUAUCAAUGGAAGAGGUAAUUAUCAAUUUGACUAACUCCACUUUAGUUAAACUAUAAAGCCCUGUUGGCGAAGUUUUCUCCUUGUAGAUUGCUAGAUUGCAUUCAUUGUUGCAAUUUGCAAGGACAAUAGUGCAGUUUCUCCUUCCUAAUAAUUUAGUAAUUCUUUUCCCCAGUCAAUCUAUUAUGGAUAUAAAACAGUUGGAUUAUCUUGUUUACCUUUUGUUGAACCUUGUUUGGUCCUCCACACACUUGUUACACUCCUAUGCAUGUAGGAACUAGUUUAUGAUUAUAUUUCCAUUCUUGACAAUCUCAACCAUGAAACACACACCACUCUUUCUCUCUGAGUCACUAGAAUUGAAAAUUUGAGUAUGUGAUCAUGCGCACCAGAUCAGUGGAAGGUAGGCGGAGAUGUCAUGCCUAAUCCCAAAGAAAUCAGUUAAUGCUGUCCAGAGUUAUAAACAAGUCCCCUUGUAUCAUUUCAAUGAUUAUCUCAUCUCCUAGAAGAUUGCAUAGCUUCAAAAUCAUUAACACCAGGCAAACUAAUCCAUCAAAAUCUCCUCAAAAACCCAAACUUUUAACAUGAAAAACAAAUCUUGCAUUACGUUACUGGAUAAGCUCUCUAAACUCUUUAUUACAUGCAGCAAACUCAGAGUUAGCUUAUAAAAUCUUCAACUCAAUCCCAAGCCCAGAAAGGCAAAAGAAAGGAAUUUUAUGGAACCAACUGAUUAGGUCCUAUGCUUGGGAAGGACCCUUUGAGAAUGCCAUUGAUUUGUACUAUGCGAUGGUGGUUAUUGGAGCCAAACCCACAAAAUUUACUUACCCUUUUGUCCUUAAAGCUUGUGCUGCAUUGGAGCAUAUAGAUAAUGGUGUGAAGAUUCAUGAUGAUGUAAAAAGAGAUUGGCUUGCCUCAGAUGUUUAUAUUUCUACUGCUUUGGUUGAUUUUUAUGUUAAAUGUGGGUGUUUGCUUGAGGCGAGGCAGGUGUUUAAUGAAAUGCCUGAGAGAGAUGUUGCAUGGAAUGCAAUGAUUUCAGGGUUCUCGAUUCAUGGGAUGCAUGGGGAUCUGAUUCAUUUUGCUUUGGAAAUGCAAGAAAUGGGAGUGAGUCCUAAUUCUUCAACUCUUGUGACCAUUUUGCCGGUGAUCGGGGAGGCGAAUGAGGUGAUUGCUGGAAAGGCUGUUCACAGGUUGUCUGUGAGGAGGGGAAUUGAUAGUGAUGUCAUGAUGGGAACAGGGCGUUUGGAUAUGAAUGGAAAAUGUGGGUGGUUAGUUUAUGCAAGGAGGAUAUUUCAUGCAAUGACUUUCAGAAAUGUGGUGACUUGGAGUGCGAUGAUUGGAGCUUGUAUUGCUUGUGAUUGCACUCAAGAAAGCUUGGAAUUGUUUGAGCAAAUGAGGGUGGAGGAUGUUGGAAGCCUUCCACCUGUUACACUUGCAACUGUUUUCCAAGGUCGGCUAACCUGAUUGAUCUGAAGGGAGGAAAACAGAUACAUGGUUACACUGUUAAGUUAGGGUCCAAUUUGGUUUUGAUGGUUGCUAAUAUGCUUCUUUCAAUGUAUGCAAAAUGUGGUAUUCCAGAUGAUGCGACAAAGUUCUUUGAGGAAAUGAGUUUCAAGGACUCUGUGUUUCUUAUAGUGCUCUUAUCUCUGGAUGUAUUCAAAAUGGAAGUGCAGAGGAAAAAGCACUAUAUGGUUGGUUAGGAGAUUUUCAUUAUGCUUGGUUAGGAGAGAAUACACCACUAUAUGGUUGGAGUGGCAGAGGAAAAAGCAGUGGAAGAGGAAGCGGACCGAGAAGAAAGUGAUUUGCUUGGCCAGCUGUUGGACUAUCAUUUUUUAUAAUAUUGAUGCAGCCGUUUACAAAACUUUGUGAACUUUUGGUUGGAAUUUUUUUUUGGGGAUUAUCUUGACUAUUGAAGAAUCUAAGUCAGCUUCUUGUUUUUGGUCUAGACUUGUAGUCCGUUAUCGGGUUGAAACAAGGUUACACUUUGUAUUGUGACAAUUGCUCUUUAAAUGUGGAUAUUUGACUCCAUUGCAUUUUUGUAA